CUAUGAGUCACCUGAUGUUCACGUGAUUUCAUUUUAGUUCAAGAUGGCGGCCACUUCGGUGUUUUCAAGAGUGAGAACAGGAUCUAAAAUAGGAGCUCAGUAUGAUCAAGAAGGCAACCUUAUUCAGGUGGAGACAAGGGAGGAUGAGGAACAAAACAUCAAACUCUCCGAGAUCCUUGAGCUGCUGCUUGCAGCGGGGUACUUCAGAGCUCGCAUUAAAGGACUGUCUCCUUUUGACAAGGUGGUGGGCGGCAUGACUUGGUGUAUAACAACAUGCAACUUCGACAUCGACGUAGACUUGCUGUUCCAGGAGAAUUCAACCAUUGGUCAGAAGAUAGCCCUUACAGAGAAGAUUGUGUCGGUGCUCCCCAAAAUGAAGUGCCCCCAUCGUCUGGAGCCCCAUCAGAUUCAGGGGUUGGACUUCAUCCACAUUUUCCCUGUUGUGCAGUGGUUGGUGAAGCGAGCGAUUGAGACCAGGGAGGAGAUGGGGGACUACAUUCGCUCCUAUGCUGUGGCUCAGUUCCAGAAAAGUCACAGCACUCCUGAGGAUGAUGAAUUCAUGCAGAGGAAAGAGAAGGCUAUAAAAACAGUGGUGGAUGUGUGUGAUGUUUACAAACCAGAGAGGAAGUAUAAGAGACAGGCUGAUGCAGGAGAGCUGACUGAUGAAGAAUCUCAAGUUCACUCCACACUGUUAGAAUAUGGGAGACUACAUCCUGUUUUCAUCCUACGCUAUGGAUUCAGUAAACAGUCCAAACAAGAAAAAGCGGAGGACAGGAAGCUGUCACAGGCCCCGGGAGUGCCCCCCGGCAUGAGCGAGGUGUCUGAGGAGGAGGACCUUCAGGCUGCUGAGGAGCUACGCAUUAAAACUCUGAUGACUGGCAUGGCUGCCAUGGCAACGGAGGAGGGGAGGCCCACGGCCAGUGCAGUGGGGCACAUCGUGGGGCUGCGGUCUGAGGAGAUCAAACAAAUCGCCUCUGAAUACGCCGAGAAGACGGAGCGCUCGGCAGAGGACCGGUCGGAGAGGUUCGGCCCCGCCCAGCAGCACCGCAGGCUGGUGACCUCACUCAGCAAGCAGAUCCAGCAGAAGAGCAAACAGCUGGAGGAGCUGCAAGAAAAACAUUUGGAGGUUCAAGCUGGGUGUGAAGAAGCAAAGGGCAAGCUGCUGGAGGCGACCGAGCUGACUGAGAGGCUGGAGAGGGAGCUGGGAGCUCUUGAGGAAGUGGAGGCGCAGGCGGACUCCAGUAUCCUGGAGAAGCUGAGGGCUCUGGUGGCGAUGAACGAGAACCUGAAGAGCCAGGAGCAGGACUUCCGCACGCACUGCCGGGAGGAAAUGGCCCGUCUGCAGCAAAGCAUCGAGAGCCUGAAGGUGGAGUCCGGGGACGACGCCGCGGACGAGAAGGAGCGGACCCAGCUCAUUGAGAAGCAGUACAAGACCGACCGGGACAAGCUGCAGAAGAUCCGGCUGCUGCUGGCCCGGAGGAACAGGGAAAUUGCUAUCCUGCAGAGGAAGAUUGAUGAGGUGCCGAGCCGCGCAGAGCUAACGCAGUAUCAGAAGAGAUUUAUUGAGCUCUAUGGGCAGGUUUCAGCCACACACAAGGAAACCAAGCAGUUCUUCACCCUGUACAACACGCUCGACGACAAGAAGGUGUUCCUGGAGAAGGAGGUGAACUUGCUGAACUCCAUUCAUGACAACUUCCAGCAAGCUAUGGCAUCAUCGGGAGCCAAGGAACAGUUCCUCAGACAGAUGGAGCAGAUUGUGGAGGGAAUCAAACAGAACCGAAUUAAGAUGGAGAAGAAGAAACAGGAAAACAAGAUGAGGAGGGACCAGCUGAAUGACGAGUACCUGGAGCUGCUGGAGAAGCAGCGGCUGUACUUCAAGACCGUCAAAGACUUCAAGGAGGAGUGCCGCAAGAACGAAAUGCUGCUCUCCAAGCUGCGCGCAAAGGGAGCCUCCUAACCGACGUCCGCGCCUACAAGCGGCGGCCAUUUUCAUUUUCUUUUCUUCAUUCGUUUGACGUGUUCAGUGCUAACAGCACAUUCUUUGGUGCGAUUAAGUCUGCGAGCGUUCUGAGGAACCCCGUUGCUUUGAAAACUAAACCACGCCAAACCCUCCUUUCUCCCCCAUGCCUCAGUUAACCUCCGCUCACUCCAGCUUUCUUACCAGCUUUCUGAGUUAAAGCACACAAGUGAUGCGUGCUGGCUCGUCCGUGCCACCGGGAAUUAGUCUUCAGCUUGUCUUCAGACACGGUUUUGAUGAAUUGUUGUUCAAAGUGUGAAAGUGUAAAUGGCAGACAUUGCAUCCUGUGUGCUGAGACAUGUCUCCUGUGUAAGGAAGCCAGACCCUGGGCUCUCACCUCUGGCUGCUGUCAGAAGCUGUGGCAUUAAAAAUACACAUUGCAUUGUAAUGCCAUGCCAGUUAUCUUGCGUUAUUUUUCGAACACUCACCCCAAGUGAACUUUACAGCCAAAGUUGUAAGACUGAGUCUGUGGAGUAAGACACCACAAAGUUGCCGUUGUCGUGACCUUGCUCAGGAACAAAUGGCAAAUCAAACCGAUUCGCUGAACAAUUCUGUAAAGUGCCUACAUGUCUACAAGGGGCUUUUCUUUUAAAUGGUUUUGCGUUGCAUAUUUUGCAUAUUAUCCAGCUCGACAUUUGCUGUAAAGUUCCAGGGGAAAUCCUUAGUCAAAGGCACAGAGAUUCAAACCCAAAACUAUAUCAUGUAUUCAAUUAAAAACAUGUUUUUUCAUGGUGGCCCACUUCCUCGGCUGCUACACGCAGAAGAGAAUCCCACAUUUGCCCUCAGUGCAACGACACGUUCAACAUUUUGGCAUCUGUGCCUUCAGUGUUGUAAGCUUGGUUGAGGCGCACGGUCUGAAGCUGGUCUUAAUUGCAUGCAUUUCCCUGGUCCCCUUGUUAUCACUGACUGUACCCCCCCCCCAAACACAGUGACUGUUUGUUAUACGCUCAGUCGGUGUUCAUGGUCCAAUUCACAAUAAAGUACUGUCCACAAUAAAAACAAAUUUUACUGCAUUUUCAGUCGAGAAACACAGAGCUCCCAUUACAUACAGCCUGAAGGGUUCUGUGUAUAUCUCUGGAAUAAAUCUUCUGUUUUGUGA